AUCAAGUAGCGUAUAUACAGUUGCUACUAUUUUCAUGUUUGCCAACGUCGUGAUACAACAAAUCAACCCAUUCACCGCCGCUUUCUGUCAACACUCCUUUCUCAGGUCUCCGCCGCGUCACUCCAUUCUCAGGUCUUCUGUGAAAAUGGGUUCCUCUGAGAAUAAAUUCAAAACCCUAUCUACUGUUGAAGAAGAAGAAGAUGAAGAUGGUUCUACAAUUAACAACAAUUUCUAUGAUGUUUAUGGUCCCCAAGCUAAGGCAGAUGUUGUUUUCAAGUCAGAAGAUAAUUCAACUUUGAGUCUCGUUGACAUUCAAGGACUAGUAACUUGGGUGCUUGGCGAAGGAUUUAUGCCAUCAUGGGUUUUUAUCAAGAAUAAACCUCUUAUUCUCAAAGUAGUUAUGCUCUAUAUACCAGGCCUGGAUGCAGCUUUGUACUUGUCACUGUCCAAAGUGCUUCCUAAUUUAAAAAAAGCAUGUGGCAAACCAAGACCAGUCCAUGCUCUCAGUUGUGUAUCAGAUAGUAUGCAGACAAUAGACGCACUCCUUACAUGCAAGCAGAAAAGAAAAAGGGAUGAAAACGAUUCAAUUAUGAAGAAAUCUACUUUGGCAUCUCAACAAGAAGAAGUCAGUGGUGGUACUGGUAGUCUAUCAUUUACGGAGCUUACUAAAGACAUACCUUUCCCUGUUACAUACUAUACCCUAACAGAAAGGGAUCUGGAGGAGAAUGAGUAUCCUGUUAAUAAGCCAGGUUUUGUUUCUACUCUUCGUGCUCCUCCGGGGUCUCCCUAUAAUGAGAUGUUAGCAGUUGACUGUGAGAUGUGCAUAACAGGCGAGGGGUUUGAGCUAACAAGAGUUACUCUGGUGGAUGUCAAAGGACAGGUUUUGUUAGAUGAAUUGGUUAAACCUUCAAAUCCUAUCACCGAUUACAAUACAAGAUUUAGUGGAAUAACGGCCGAGAUGUUAGAUGGGGUGACGACAAGUUUGACAGACAUUCAGGAAAAGUUUCAAAAACUGGUUUACAAAGAAACUAUUCUUGUUGGGCAUUCUUUGGAAAAUGAUUUAUUAGCAUUGAAGAUAUCACAUGACUUGGUUAUUGACACAGCAGUAUUAUACAAACACCCCAGAGGGUCUUCCCAUAAAAGUGCUCUACGAUUUCUUACUAAAAGAUUUCUUUCAAGGGAGAUACAACAAUCGGGCGAUGGACAUGACAGCGUUGAAGAUGCCAGGGCUACCAUGGAAUUAGCACUAUUGAAGAUCAGAAAUGGGCCUAGCUUUGGCGCCGCUCCAUCCUUUACGCGAAAAAAGCUCCUUUCCAUUUUGGGCGAGUCUGGCAAGACUUCUUCAAUGAUUGAUGACAUAUCGAUAGUAAAACGAUUUGCCUCUGAGUCCUCUAACGCAAUUCCGGUGACAUCUGAUGAAGACGCACUUUCAAAAACCAUCAAGGAGUUGAAGAAUGAAAAGGUGCAAUUUAUUUGGACUCAAUUUUCAGAGUUACACUCAUACUUGAAGAAACAAGCUGAGGAUUCAGAAAGCUUAAAUAAAAAACUUGCAGAGAUGAUUGCAUUAAAUACAUGUGGUUCUUCGAAAGGGAAAGGUCUCAAGUCGAAUAUAUCUGCUGAACUGAAGGAAAUUGUUGCUCGCAUGGAUGUUAGAAUUCAUAAACUGUAUAAGUCAUUACCAACUAAUGCUAUGAUGAUAGUUUGCUCUGGUCAUGGAGACACGGCAGUUGUUCGCAGGUUGAGGAAAAUGCUUACGGAGGAGGGUGAAAGUAAUUAUGGUCGUGAGAAGAUUUUGGAAAGCUUGGGAGAGUUUCAGGCUAGAGCUGAAGUAGCUUUGUGUUUUGUAGGUGUAAAACACUGAUUAUAGAAGAAUGCAAAAUGAACUUUAGUUAAUUUUUAUAACUUGCGGCGAUCAGCCAUAAUUUUGAUUCUGAACGUUCUAAAUGUAUAUGUUUGUUAGGUCACAUGGCAAGAGUUCUAAAUGUGUGAACGAUAUCAUGAAAAUUUUGAAGAGUCUCUAAUGUUAUAGAUGAUUAUGUUUUA